CUAAACGCGUCGUAGAAGUUGCAUACCAUCUUUUAAAUAUUUUCACCAGUUUUGGAGCGCCGAGCAUCCUUCAUUCCGAUAAUGGUCGAGAAUUCUCUAACCAAGUUAUUGAGAGUUUAUGCUCCAUGUGGCCGGAUGUAAAAAUCGUACAUGGAAAGGCAAGACAUAGCCAAAGUCAAGGAUCAGCAGAGCGUGCUAAUCAAGACAGAAAAUAUGUUGAGUACGUGGAUGGAAACCAAUCAGUUAUCAAAGUGGUCAGAGGGUUUAAGAUUCAUUCAGGUAAAGAAAAAUAGAGCAUAUCACGAGGGAAUCAAAUGUUCUCCCUAUGAAGCAAUGUUUGGUUGUUCAAUGAAAAUGGGUCUUGCAACUUCAGCAAUCCCUAGUGAUAUGAUUAGAGUUAUAAGAUCUGAAGAAGAUUUAGAGAAGUUGUUGCAUUCGCAUGACAAUAUGGAACAAAAUAAUGACGUCGAAAAUGCAAUCGAACAGGACAAGGAAGAAAGCAUUGUUGAAAAUGAGUCAGAAGCGGAUAUAGACAAUAGUACUCUCAACGAUAAAACACAAGAAGAUGAAAUGGUUAUUACUGAGAAAAUGAAAGCUUAG